AUGACUCUAAAGGAAUUAGGCGGGGUUGGUGUCGGGUCCCUUAAGGAUGCAAAUCUAGCUAUGCUUGCCAAAUGGUGGUGGAGGUUCAAGACGAAUCCGGAAAGUUCGUGGCGAAAGGUUAUUUGGAGCAUUCACCAUAGCGAAAGAUCGUCGAAUCCGAUACCCGGGAAGAUGACGAUAGCUGGGCCUUGGAAGCAAGUCAUUAAAGUGUCAAGGGAUACGGAAAAGUAUGGAAUAAAUUUAUCGGACUGUUUUUGGGCCGAUCUGAGAGUGGGAGAAUCAGUUUCUUUUUGGAAGGAAAGGUGGAUAGAAGGAGAAACACUACAAAGUAGGUAUCCAGGGCUGUUUGAAUUAGAAAGAUCAAAAAACGCAAUGGUUGCGAACCGGGUAAAGGUUAUUAACAGUGCGGUAGUAUUGAAUUUUUGUUGGGUGCGGCUGCCGGCGACUACUGAGGAAGUGGAAGCUGUCCAGAACAUGACCGAGGAUCUGCUUGCGGCGGCAAGGGGUUACAGUGAGGAUCAAUGGAGGUGGGAACAUGACGAGUCAGGAACCUUCUCGGUAAAGAGUCUAAAAAAUAGCCUGCAAAAUGCUAGAUUUUCCAACCUGGGGAAUGAUUUCGUGUGGAAUAAUUGGAACCCAACGAAAGUUAAUUUUCUGGCAUGGAGAAUAUCUUUGGAUCGGGUGCCAACACUUAUUGCUUUGGCUCAUAGGGAUGUUAUUACUGGUCAAAUCCGAUGCAAAUUUUAUGAUCAACAGGAAGAAGACGCGGAUCAUCUGUUCGUGAAUUGCGAGGUGGCACGGUAUUUGUGGAAUUUUGUAUCUCAUUGGUGCAAGGUAGCAAGUAUAUAUGCCUUUAGAGCAAAAGAUUUGUUGGAUUGGCACAAACACGUUUGA